GUAAAGUGAGAAUUUAAUUUGUUUGUAAUGUUUAAUCACAUACCGAACUUUCUCUGGAUACCGAUGCAGUUUAGAACUCAUUGCUAAUGCGAUUUUGCCUCAAAACCGAAUGAUUUGAGCAAUGUCGAAUGUAAGGACGGUUUGUCAUAAGUUUAUAUCAGAUAUGCUGACAUAAAAUCUGCCACAAUAACUGAGUUUGUCAUUUUAUCACCACUUCUUUUACUUUCAGCUAUUUUUAAAAUUUCUUAAACUAGAGUGCUUUGAAGGAAUGUAACUCUAGAAGAACAAACAUUUUGAAGGAAUAAGAAUAAAAAGGAUGUACGUGUACAAUAUGGGAUUUAUUCCGUUGCUAAUCAUGGCGGUGUUGAUGGUCACAGUGGCGGGACGGGCACUUGAAGCAAAUGCCCCUGGUAAUGAACAAAUGCAAAAUGACGUGGUAAACAUGAAGGAUAAAGAACGUCGGCGGAAAUACAGCGGACCAUCAGUAUACCACUUCGCUAGACACGGUCUGUGUAACCACCGAUUCGGAAAAGUCAAAUUCUUCAGAGCGCUCGAGAAGCACUUCCAUAACAUAUCAGAUGAUAUGAAAAUCACAUUUGUCCUCGAUAUUUGUAAAAGACGAGAUAAGAUGCUGACAAAGUGGGUUAAGGAAAUAUUCGACAAAGACGGUGACGGAUACAUCACCCAUUUUGAAAAGGAGAUCUACCGAUGAGAUAUUUACAGCGUUAAUUACAACCCAUGAGGUACAGCCAAUGUUAUCAAUCUGUGUGACGUGUAACAAUAUUGUGGCACUCGGAAACGUUAUUGAAGAAAAACGGUAUCCUUUCAAAAAGGGACAAAUUGGAUGUUUGGGUCUGGUAUUUAUUAUACCAACAUAGCCUAAAUGGAACAGACCCUUACAGAUUUUUGUAUUCACUACUGAAAGGUGCUGGGCAUAUGCUAUGUUUUCCAGAACAAGAAGGAAACGAACAUAUGUUGAGAUAGCAACGAACAUGUACAUACACAUUGUUGAUAUAACGACAUUUCUGAAUAUUGCCAAUGUUUUCGUUACGUUAUGUUAAAUUAUGUUACCGGUGAUUCGGAUGUUUACCAUUACAGUCUGUGAUAACCUCGUAGUCGGGGUAUUUCUGAAUUCAAAGAUGCUAUCUUUCAUUCUAUCUAAUAACUCACCUUGCAUGUUUUACGCAGGGUACACCUACAUGUGCGGACACUGCAUUGUUUGUCAUGUUUGUUAGAUUAUAUUGUUUUUGUUUUGCAUGCCUUUUCCAGCCAUGUUAUAAUUCAUUCCGAAGUGCGUCCAAAAUACAAACAAAUAUGACAGUAUAAUUUAACUUAUUUGCCAUAAACAAGCUUAUAUGCACAUACUUAUUGUAUUUGAAUGUUCAAAUAUGAUACAAUUUGAUCACAAUUGAUUUGUAUGUAUAUUACUAUUUCAAUAACAGGAAAUCUUUUUCUACAUAAUAUACGUACAUCACGUUGUCUCUACGACUUACCUCCAAAUUCAUAAAACUACACUGAACUAAAAAGUCCAAUCUGUAUAUGACACGGUGGGACAUAUAAUGGUUUUGUUUUAUAAUUCCAACCCUAGUGCAGAUACGUCUUUUAUUGUCCCCGUAUGUAAUGCAUCAUAGAAGCAUACAUUGUUCAAGUCCAAUAUCCAAGCUAUUGGUUUCACUAACAAAAAAAAAUCAGAAGUUAACAAUCCACGAGGAAAAAAAGCAUACAUUAGAAAAAAAGAUGGAAACAUUUUCUACAGUUGCUCUUGUUUUGCUUUUGAUUUAUUUGUUACUACAUUGUUCAUUAUAUUCGUAUCGGAUAUUGGUUUAAUUUUUAACAUGUUUUUGUAAUCACAUAAUGACUUGUUGGCUUAAGUUUUUAUAGAGACGAAUACAUUAUUUCAGAGCAUUAUAUAACUCUUUCUGAUUAGUUUGUUAAAUAAUACUUAUUAUAAUGAUAUUGUGUUAAUCAUUAAGAAAGUUUAUCGAUUUGAAGGCGGUGAAGAAAAUAUAGAGUCAUUAUUUUGAUAAGGCAGAGAAGUGAAAGUCUGGUUUACCAUUAACGAGUGUUGCACUAAAUUUGAAAAUGCAAUGUAACAUAGGUGAGUAAUUCGUCUGUGCUACUUUUACUAACUUUUACAGUAAUUGUAUAGCAGUAUAAAAGUCUUCGUUGUGAU